UUAAUACCAAGAAACGAGACACGAUUACGAUUUCGCAGGUGUACCUUUCAGAUUCCAGGUGAAGCGAUCCCCACGUGCGUGAGUAUGCGACGGGAUAAUUGGGUUUGCGUCGGGGACACCAAGGCGAAGUUGCACAUGCUAAAUCCAAAGAACAAUUUAGAGCUAGUGAAAUCUUAUUCCACCGAGCAUACGCGAGAAAUAACGGGGGUGUAUCUGUCGCGCGGAUGCCUGAUAACGAGUUCCUAUGACGGCACCGUCAGAAUUUCGAGCCCUACGGAUCCGCCAAGGUGCAUCGCUACUUUAGUCCAUUGUACCGAACCAGGAACCUUCAACCGAAUGGAAUCUUUUUUCGAGCAUCCGUAUAACAUGCUCGAUAUGACGCAAUCUGUCUGUUCGAAGUACGGAGGAUGCCUGAGACCCUUAAACGGCACAGACAGACGCCAUCCAAUUUCAGAUUGGACGGCACAGAGUCGUAUGGUAUGCGUUUUUUUCCCUUCAGAGAUGAACGCAAAAAUCUUCAGCAUGGACUACUUGAAUGAUACUCUCGCAGUAUCCGGCCAGGGUAUCGAGAUAUGGCGCCCGAAAAAUUGACGUGUUCGACGAAAAAUUUCUAUACGUGUUCUAUAGCUAUUCUACAGCUGUAUUUCUUCGAUAUGUAAUGUAUGUUCUUAGUUUUUACAAAGAUACUGUCUGGAUGCGUCUCUUUAAUGUACAAUGUAAUAUAACGUCCCGCGAAAUUAGAAGUACAUAAUGGCUGGAUUCGAGGAGCGCGCUAUUAGCGUUAUUUGCUUAUUCUAUCCUUGUUUUACAUCUAAUAAGCGAUAAAGACAGAAUGAUGCAAUAGCGCUAAUAGCGCGCUCCUCGAAUGCAGCCCUUGUGCGUUGCGACGUCAUCACCUGCGCUCCGAGGUAGAGCGCGAAAUGCUCGCAGUACUCAUAGCACCAUAACGUCUUCCCUGAUCAUUGUGUGAGCAUCUACUUUUGUCUCACUCAACUUGCACAAGUGCACGUGUUGUUUUCAGUUGACUUUAACCGUAUCGACCUCAAUACUAGAAAUGUAAUAAAUAUAUAUGUAAUAUAUUGAAUAAUUGUUAUUAAAUGAAAAUUAUUUCACGUUAUCGUCUGUAAUUUAUAUAAUAUUACAUUUACAUACUGUGGGAAGAAUGAACAAUAUAAGAUACGAAUAUUAUAUAUACUAUCUUGUACUAUAGUCGUACAUCUUUACUGCUCGUAAAAUGGCAAAGAAUACAAUUGCACGUACAUAUUGUAUGAUAGAAUAAAACAACAAUUAUAUAUCCCUCUCUUAUACUUGCCGCGCACAACAAAAAUCAUUUGAGGAGAUUGCAACCGUGGAUACCACUCAGCUUCCCGAAUUAGCGUUUGCAUCUAGCACGACAGUGAGCUCCCCGAACGCACAUUGUUGAGCGUUAAUUAUUUUUUUGGACAAAAUUUCAGAUAUUCCUGCAUAUAUGUUCCUUCCUAGACGCGUCGACACUAGUACACGGUUUGAGCUUAGUGUGCAAAC